AUGGCCUCAUACUUUCAACACUUUCCUUCGAAACAAAUACUCUCAAGCGCUUCAAAAAAUCGUACUCGAAACAAAUAUUUCGGACGUAAAUUCUUUUCGAAAUGGGCAAAUUCACCUGGGUUUCUAAAGACGAUAAAAACCGAUCCGAUGUACAAACCACAUGUCACUAGUGCUCUGAAAAUCGCUGGGAGAAUUAGAAAUGCGAGUAAAAUUUCGCCACUUGCUAAAGAGAUGUGGAAAAACUUAGAUCCUGAAAGAAAGAAAAAAUACGAACUUUUGUCAAAAAAGUUGUCCAGUAGAAUCGCAUGGAAAAAUGGAGGUUUAAUCAAGAAUGUCAUAGAGCAAGAAACACCCGAAGCCACGCCAUCCAUCGCUAAUCCCGAGAGCCCAUUUUAUCGAUACUCAAAAGAUGUCUGGAGAAAAGAAGAUACAAAAUUAUUUUAA